CAAGCUGUUGAACUGCUCUAUAAUAGCCUUUCACAACAAGUGUUGGGCACUUAACAGUUGGCUAUCUCACGUCUGAACCUAAAAAAGCAAAUCCCUCAACUCCACCGGUGGGAGGAGGAUGAGGAGGAAGAGGAGGAGGAGGGAGUCGGAUAGCGACCAGAUUAGAUUUGUUUCCAAACGCGCACCGAUGGCGAUGUGAGGCGUUUGGAUGAGGAGGAGGUCGCUGCUUUGGAUUGGUGAUCAGUUUUGUUUUUGUUUGCGCAUCUUUCUCCCUCAUCUCGGGUCGUGCAAAGACAAAAGCCAUGGAUUACUCUCUUUGCACGUUGCUGCUUCUGACGACUCUUUCGUCGGUUUCGCCCGGACAAUUCCCAACAUCCCAGAUCAUCAAAGACUGGGUGUUCCAGAUUCAAAAAGACUUGAUCACAUUAACAGACAAAGCUAGUGGGUUGGAGGACCUAAUAAAGAUAUAUCAUAAACACAAAACUCACUUCAGCGUGGAAUCCAACAACGCAAAAAAGCUGGUGGCAACGGCUGCAGGAAACAUAGAGAAACUGCUAGCUAAUCGCUCCAAAGCCCUGAAGAAACUUGCAAGUGAGGCCGAAAAUUUUCAAAAGGCACAUGAGUGGACAGUCGACGGUGAGCCCAACAAACUCAAGUACUACAAUGCUAAAGACGGCGUAAAUAAGACCGCACUGAAAGAAAAAGAUAAAGACAAAGAAGAGGACAGGAGCAACAGGUUCAUUCCAGAGGACUUUGAAAUAGACCCCGACUUCAAACGUCUCGUCUCUUACAACACCACUGCCGUCCACAUCCCCACUGACAUAUAUGAAAGCUCCACCAUCAUUUUGAAUGAGCUGAACUGGACAGAUGAGUUGGAGGAUGUCUUCCGACAAAACAAAGAUGAUGAUCCCUCACUGCUCUGGCAGGUUUUUGGCUCCGCUACUGGACUGGCUCGGUAUUACCCAGCUUCCCCCUGGAACGACAAGAGAAGCUCACCUGACAAGAUUGACCUGUAUGACGUACGCAGGCGACCUUGGUACAUUCAGGGGGCGGCGUCACCCAAGGACAUGCUGAUCCUAGUGGAUGCGAGUGGAAGCGUAUCGGGCCUCACCCUGAAACUCAUCAAAACCUCAGUCAGCUGGAUGCUGGAGACCCUCUCCGAUGAUGACUUCGUAAACGUGGUGUCUUUCAACAAAACUGCCAGGCCUGCAGCAUGCUUUCAGAAUCUGGUGCAGGCCAAUGUGAGGAACAAACGGGUCCUGAAGGAGGCGGUGCAGAGACUCAAAGCCGAGGGCAUCACCAACUACACAAGUGGCUUUGAACUCGCCUUUGAACAGCUCGCACAGACCAAUGUGUCAAGGGCCAACUGCAACAAGAUUAUAAUGCUGUUCACUGAUGGAGGAGAGGAGAGGGCAGAGGAAAUCUUUAAAAAAUACAACCCAAAGCAAGAGGUGCGCAUCUUUACUUUCUCCGUAGGCCAGCACAGCUACGACAAAGGCCCAAUACAGUGGAUGGCCUGCAAUAAUAAAGGUUAUUACUAUGAGAUUCCAUCUAUUGGGGCCAUUCGGCUGAACACUCAGGAGUACUUGGACGUUUUGGGUCGGCCAAUGGUCAGAGCUGACAGCAAGUCCAAGAAAGGCCGAAAGGUCAAGCAGGUCCAGUGGACAAAUGUCUACCUAGAUGCACUGGAGCUGGGUCUUGUAAUCACCGGUACACUGCCCGUCUUCAACAAGACUGACACAGGCUCAAAGUCACAAAACCAGCUCAUCUUGGGAGUUAUGGCUAUUGAUGUCUCCUUAGAAGAUAUCAAGAAACUUACGCCUCGGUUCACAUUUGGUCCAAAUGGCUACUACUUUGCUAUUGAUCCAAAUGGAUACGUGUUGCUCCACCCUAAUCUUCAACCGCUGACUGCCAAGUUUGAUGAACCUGUAACACUCGACUUCCUGGAUGCGGAGUUGGAGAACGACAUCAAAGUGGAGAUAAGACAUAAAAUGAUUGAAGGGGAAACGGGAAGCUACACAAUAUCUACCCUGGUGAAAUCUCAAGAUGAGCGCUACAUUGACGAAGGGGAAAGGACCUACACCUUCGCUCCUGUGACGGGAACAGACUACAGCCUGGCCCUGGUCCUGCCAAACUACAGCAUGCACUACAUCCAUGCAACCAUAGGCGACACAAUUACCCAGGCAAAAUUUUCUGAGAGCCUGCUUGCAGACAAGUUUGAUGAGUACGGGUAUACAUUUAUUGCACCAAGGAUGUACUGCAGAGACUUGAAGCCGCCUGACAAGGAAACAAACAACACAGAGUACCUGAUGGACUUCAACAAUUAUAUUGACAUCAAGACUCCAAACAACCCCAUGUGUAACGUGGAGCUUGUAAACCGGCUUCUCCUUGAUGCCGGCAUCACCUCUGAUCUGAUCAAGAUCUGGAAACAGAAUGAGUUGCAGCAGGGUGUCACUGCCAGAUUUGUGGCGACUGAUGGAGGAAUCACUCGUGUCUUCCCCAAAAGCGCCGGGCUGGACUGGAAAGAAGAAGCAGAGACCUACGAGUCGAGUUUUUACAAGCGAAGUUUAGACAAUGACGUGUACAUCUUUACGCCAACACGCUGCAACGAAAGUGAUAACGAUGUCCUGGUGAGCCGAGCAGUAAACCUUGAAAUUCGCAACAUUACACUCAAGCCAGCUGUUGUUGGUGUGAAGUUGGACAUCUAUGCGUGGAUGGAGAGCUUCAUCAACAUCACUUACAGGAUGAAUUGCAAGGAUGAAAUCUGUGGUUGUAAGAAAGAUGAUCCGUAUAUAGACUGUGUCGUUCUGGACGAUGGUGGAUUCCUGGUGAUGUCCAAUCAAGAGGACUAUGUCAAUCAGAUUGGCUGUUUCUUUGGUGUCAUCGACCCUGACCUCAUGAGAACUCUGGUCAACUCGUCGCUGUUCACCGCCAAGAGCACCUACGACUACCAGUCUCUCUGUGAGCCCAAGAGAGAGAGCAAAGCGGCUGCAGGCCUGCGAUCCAUUUAUGUGCCCACAAUAGCAGAUAUAUUGAAUUUGGGAUGGUGGGCGACAGCUGCAGCCUGGUCAAUUGUGCAACAGUUGCUGGUCAGCAUCACGUUCCCAAAUUUUCUGGAUGCAGCUGAAACGGACGAUCAACUGUCGGAUGCAAUGUCUAAGGAGGUGUGCAUCACAGAGCAAACGCAGUACUUCUUUGAGAACAAUGAGUCAUCAUUUGGAGGCUUGUUUGAGUGUGCAAACUCCACCAGGCAAUACCUGGCUGAAAAGGUGCCAAAUACAAACCUGGUCUUGAUCAUUAGUGACAGACAACAAGGCAACAGCCAGUCGUGUGGAUUGGGGCCGUUAAUACAGGAUGAAAAGCAGUCUGCUGGGCCGGAUCCUUGUAAAAUGGCUCUUAGUCCUCGCUUCAGGAAAGGCCCAACAGAUUGCUUUGAUAAAACUGAGCACGAGGAGGACCCAGACUGUGGCGGGGUGUCCUGCCUGACCUCCUCACUUUGGCUGAUGGUGGUCAGUCAGGUGGUGUUGCUCUGGGCUGUGACUGAUUCCAGGCACUAUGCCAUCCCAUCAUGACCUCAGAAAAACAUGAUCUAGCCCUUUACCUUCACUCCCACCAGAUGAACAAAAUGGCUACCAGCAUCCAGAGCUGCCACCCAAAGCAAACAGCUGCUCGGAAAAAAAAAAAAAAAAAAUUAAUUAAUUAAAAAAGAAGAGACUGAAUUUCUUGUUUUCAAUUCAGUGUCUCAAAGUGUCUUCAUUUGGGUGAUGUGGACGAAAACAUUUGUCGGAGGACAAAAGGGAAAGUGAUUGGACUUCAACUAUGACACUUGUUUCUUCAGCUGAGAAAUGAAGAUAUUCAUCGUGAUUACCAACUUUCCAACAAAAUCUGUUUGUCUCUGAAAGAGAUCGUUUUAAGCAUUGGUUCAGUGGCAUGCAUCAUGAGUGGAGUGGCUCGACUAUCAAAGAGACAGAGUAAUUUUUACCAGGAAGAAUAUUAUCUUUAGCCAGAAUAAAGGUUAAGAAAUGACUUGCAGUGCUUAGUGUUUUUUCUGAUUUUCAACUUUCUACAGCAGAAGCAAAGAUGUACUUUUUUUUAUUUUAUUGUCCUAGAGAUACUUUGAGAGAAUACCACAUUUUCGCGAUGUCUCUAACAGUCUGAUUUUCCACUGGCAUAACCCAUCUCCCGAGCGGAAACCAUAUCCAUAACUACGUUUAUUCACAGAAGCCAACUCCUCUACUGCCACAGAGCGCGCGUUUAUGGGUGUUGAGUUUUAACGUUCGAGUUAAUUUUUGAAAUUAGCUCUGGAGUUAUGUGUUUGAAUUUUUGUUUUGUUUUAGGAUUGUUCCAGGGUAGUCUUUGUUGCCAUAGCGCACAUUAACCAAUCAGGAUCUCGUGUCCUCUGUGGUUCAGUGGACAAAAUGUCUAGUGCCAUGUGGACUGUGUGACUCAGACAAACCCUCUGUAGGCUGUAGCUGCUCAAUGGAGUGUACUGUUGACUAUAUUGACUCAUGUAUUGGUUAUUUGAGUGAAGUGUCAUGCAUUAAAGAAUCUGAAUGAGG